AUGGAAAAUGGUACAUUAAAUAUAUUUAUUUUUCUGCACUUCCUUCGUCGUUUCUUAUUUUCCCAAACCCUACAAAAUAUCUCCUCUGGCUUGCCGACUUCCAUCCCUUCCUCUUCACCAACCUUGUCUGCUCCUUCCUCCACCAAAACAACCCUCGCCGCCACCUCUCUUUCCCCUUCCCUGACCGUCCAUGGACCAGAUCGAGUGUUGCCUCCGCCACAUUGUCGUCACCCUCUCAGACCGCCUCAAGUGCGCCGAGAGCGCCUUCAUGGAGUGCGUCGUGGGGGAACUGGAUCCGGUGCUGGGAGGAGCAGAAUAUCGCCGCUGCCAAGGAGGCGGUGGGAGCUUUCAUUCCUAAAACUCAAAAAUCCUAAUUCCUCUGCCGAUAUUUGUCAUGCCUAUCAAAUACCGAGGAAAGGUGGCUUGAAAGAAGAAAAUACCAUUGUUUUUAUGUAUGAUGACAUUGCAUUCAAUUGGGACAAUCCAAGGCCUGAAGUCAUCAUUAACAAACCAAAUGGGGGUGAUGUUUAUGAAGGAGUUCCAAAGAAUUACACUAGCAAAGAUGCUACUGCACAUAACUUUUAUGCUGCUUUACUUGGAGAUGAGUACGAGCUUACCGGUGGCAGUGGGAAGGUUGUGAACAGUGGAUUCUGUUGGUUGUUUAUAUGGGUUUCAACAUGGUAUAGGCCUGGAUUGAGACAUACAAUAAAGCUUGAUCUAUAUAGUGGAUUCUUAAUUCAUUGCAGGUUUUUUCUCUCUUGCGAGAAGAUUGUACUGUAAAAGCUUUGGGAAGUUGACUCUGGAACAUUAGUCAGAUUUCAGUGGUCAAAUUUGUGGUCCAAAUUUAUUUUAAUAUUUUAA